UGGGUAGCUAAAACCAAGGUCAGGCGCUACCCUGUAUUUGUAUUUUUGCUUUGUACGCAAAAAUGCGAACUGACUUCCUAAACAACAGGAACUGCCGUAUGUGGUCAGCCGUUUCUAAGAGCGAGCAUUAGGAUGUGAAGUCAUAUGCCAAAUUAGACUACAGAAUAUCAGUUAGAGAACUUUUCUCUCCCGUCGUUCGCUAACACCUUCAGAAUAAAAGCAGAAUUCAAAGCACUGAGGAUAUUGGCAACUGAGAACUGAAGAAUUCCCAGCAUGAGUCAGGCUGAGGACAGCAGUAUCCACUCGAUGUGGAAUAUCAUGAGGUCAGUAGUCUGCACGAUACUGAGCUUGUCAUUUAUUAUUGGGACCCCUGGAAAUUGCAUUGUCAUCUGGACUGUUUGUACAAAAAUGAAGCAAGUAUCUCCUUCCGUCCUGCUGAUCUUGAACCUGGCCAUUGCCGAUGUCCUUGUACUGAUUACUUUACCGAUCUGGAUUUACUCCUUUGUUGACUCAUGGGUUUUUGGAGUAAUCUUCUGCAAAAUACUGGUUUUCAUCAUUUACUGCAGCAUGUAUGCUAGUAUAUUUCUGAUUACAGCACUGAGCUUGGAGCGGUUAAUGGCUGUGUUUUACCCUUUCACGAUUCAAAGAUACAAAACUAAAGAAAAGAUUUCUUUAAUCAUUUUCCUCAUUUGGUUCCUGUCUAUUGCUUUCGGCAUUUCUGUCAUUCCAUUUCAAGAGACAGAAAAAAUGAACGGUGGACUACUAUGUACGUGUCGCAACUACUCUUCGCAAAGACAGAGACUGUCGUAUCUUUUGCUGGAGACUCUUGCAGGUUUUGUAAUCCCUUUUUUAAUUAUUUGCACUUGUUACAUGUGUGUUGCAAGAAGAAUAAGCAGAAUGACUUACCAAUCCAGGCAGCGAUCGGAACGGCUCGUUGCCAGCAUUGUGGUGGCAUUCAUUUUAUGCUGGUUCCCUCAUCAUCUCUUUAACAUCCUCGAUAUUAUUUCAAUUCAGAUAGAACUCUCUAACAGGGAAAUGUCUUUGGCUCUGGAAGAAAUUGUAGACAGAGGAGUGUACAUCUCUGGAGCACUGGCAUUCAUCAGCAGCUGUAUUAACCCUCUACUUUACGCUUUUGCUGCACGGAGAUUUCAGAAUCACCUGAGAUUUGCCAAGAUAUCAAAGCUGUUUGAACAGAUGAGUCAGACUGUAACAGAGGAGGACAAGAAAAGAAGUAUGGUUGUAACCAAACAAGAAGAUACUUUAGUAAGCACAGAAAAUCUCUAACGAGGAACAUAGACUUGGUGAAUAAUGUGAUUCGCUGUCAUUCCUUCAGUAGUCCUUUCUUCUCAUACUCAGUUUUGUUUACUAAGCAGUUCGGGUAAAGCUAGAGACAUGUAAAAGUUAUUAGGGUUUGUUCUGUGUGUUAUAAAAGAAUUGGGCACUGGCAGCUGGUUCAGCUCCUGAGUUAGUAUCCACAUCACAAGACAAGCGCUGUUUCUCUGGUGCUGAGAAACUCAGCAACGUGGCUGGAAGCUCAGAGUGUAAGGAACACAGCAUUUUUACUUUCCAUUAAAAUUAUACAUGAGUUCUGGAAAUCCUCUGUGCAGUAAGCAGAAAAGGAUUGCAUGUGGAAAACAGAAGCUUUGAAAGUGUAAAACUAAGGUUUCCUUGAGAAAAAAUUGCUGGAUGCUCAAGUUUUAAGAAGGCAUACUUAAAUUCUUGAUAUGGGUAAGGACGGUUUCAAAGUACAUUAAUGACCCAUAAAACUCUCUGGGUAGAUGGAAAAUAUAAACCUAUUUUUAUUCAUUGCUUUACUUAGGCUUGAAAGUAACAAGAGUUGUUUACAGAGUCAAGAUCAUUUACUAACAUCAUGCUGUAUUUGAUAUCAAAUACAUCGCAUAGUUCAGUGGCAAUUAAACUAUUGAGAUAUUAAAUAAACAUAUGAGUAUCCUCAAAAAGAGUUUGAUUCAGCUGAGCUUCCAAGAUACCUGUUAAAUUGUGGGGGGAACUGGAUCGGCUUCUGCUCGGAGGGAAGGAGAAAUCCUUGAUACGCGGUUUUAUGUGUAAAAACUACUACGGCAGCAGUACAAGAUGUCUCGUGUCAUAAGAACUUCACCUUGCAAGUAAAAGCGUUAUUUUUAAUUCUCUAGUAGAAUAGGAUGGACUUUGCCAUAAGAAACCAGUAAACUUAGCACUUGCAAGGACUUCAGUUUGUGAAUAUGUACAAAACCACCUUGGAAAAGCUGCGUGGCACCAAGCAUUUGCUUUUGAAUUAUUUUUUAAAUUUCAUUUGUGCCUAACAUUUUGUAUGCUUGCUCUUAUUUUUAAGUCAAUGGUUUGUAAUAAGAUUAAGGAUUACUACUGAUUACUAUGAAGCAUAAUGUCCCGGACAGCUGCUAAAUAGCUGUGUUACGUAUCUUUACAAAGAAGUUAGAAAUACUAACUAGAACUUGGUUUUCAAAAUCUGAUUAUGUAACAACCAAGGGUAUUCGAGUUGUAUUAAUUUAGCUUGUAACUGAAAUAAACACGGGCAAGUAAAAUCCUUAA